AUGGUAUCCAGUGGAAGCAAAGAAUCGGACCUAUUGGAGCCGGAAGAGUCUGUCACUCAGGCUCUGUUUGAAGAGGUGCCAAGUACUUCCUUGCAAUUUGAAGCAGCUGACAAGCCUCAAUACUUGGUCAAGGUUACAAGCGCCAGAGAGAAAAAGUGUGCCAUGGAGACCCCCAGGUGGAACGAGUCAGCCUCAACUAUAUCAGAGUUCAAUUCAUCAUUGAUCCUAGCGGACUCGCCAUUUGCUGACGAGAGUGACGUACCUGUGAAGGAGGAGAACACCGAAGAUAUUCAAGGCAGUGCCCGCAUUAGUGCCAAUGCACAAUCCAAGGAAGGCUAUCAUGAUCCCAUGGCUCGUCUUGUUUACACCAAGACUGGGGUCAUUCAACGCAGCAUUCUUGAGCUGAAGGCAUACAUUGCCUUCAGCCACGGUUACCCUGAAGUCAUCGCCAAGAAUACAUAUGCGCAAGAGAUACUUAUCAACACCACUCAAUAUCUCAAGACAGAACCAAUCGAGAAAUGUAUGCGCACAGACAAGGAGUACUUAGGUGCACUUGUGGGUCUAAUUGAUGCUCAUGCCAGUCUCUUUCGCGGGGAUAUCAAGGAGAUGGCUUUCAAGAACAUUGCAGGCUACUUUCAGCUCCGGCCCAAGUCCAGUGCUAUCCUUGAGCACCUUCUUCCGGAUCAUCUAUACAUUUUCCUGCAAACUUUCAAUGCGCAAGGGCUCCCAUCCCCGGUUCGCAGGAAGCCAUAUCAAGUAGAUCCUAUCUUUAUCAUCCUCUAUGAGAUGUUUUUCAAAAAUAUGAAGUCCGUUGGCUCUCAAUUUCCUCAGCGGUUCCUCGAUAUUGCAAAGAAUAAGGCACAUCACCCCGAGAUCCCCCAUUUCCAUUGUUGGAAACGACUUCGAGAGACGGCACCCAUCAAGUUUCACAAGAUGAUGUCAGACAUAUACCAGGAAGUCCAGUCCCUCCACCUAGACACUCCUGGAGGUUAUGCCCAGGAUGUUAGCCUCAUGUUCCUGGACAUUGAUGGCAUGGAUGAUGAGUAG